AUGGGUAGGGACACUAUUGCUGACAUAAUAACCUCUAUACGAAACGUUGACAUGAAUAGAAAAGGACCCGUUCGAAUAGCAUCUACGAACAUCACCGAAAAUAUUAUUAAAAUACUUUUCCGAGAGGGUUUUAUUGAAAAUGUCAGGAAACAUCGAAAAGGCAACAAAAAUUAUUUUGUUUUAACUCUACGACAUAAAAGGAAUAGGAAAGGCUCAUAUCUAGCUAAUGUAAAUUUAAAACGGAUUAGCCGGCCCGGUCUACGAAGCUUUCGAAUUAUCAAAAAAUUGGCUAAAUAA